CUGAGCCUGCGCAGACUCAGGCGGCGCUCGUGCAGACCAGUGCCGCGCAAUGGCGGGCACGGGCUUGGUAGCCGGGGAGGUGGUGGUGGAUGCGCUGCCGUACUUUGACCAAGGCUACGAGGCGCCCGGCGUGCGGGAAGCGGCUGCGGCCCUGGUGGAGGAGGAGACGCGCAGGUACCGCCCGACCAAGAACUACCUGAGCUACCUGACAGCCCCGGAUUACUCCGCCUUUGAAACGGACAUAAUGAGAAAUGAAUUCGAGAGACUGGCUGCCCGACAACCAAUCGAAUUACUCAGCAUGAAACGAUAUGAACUUCCAGCCCCUUCCUCGGGUCAAAAAAAUGACAUCACUGCCUGGCAAGAGUGUGUAAACAAUUCCAUGGCCCAGUUAGAGCACCAGGCAGUUCGAAUCGAGAAUCUGGAGCUGAUGUCACAGCACGGGUGUAACGCCUGGAAGGUGUACAAUGAAAACCUCGUUCAUAUGAUUGAACAUGCACAGAAAGAACUUCAAAAGUUAAGGAAACAUAUUCAAGAUUUAAACUGGCAGCGAAAAAAUAUGCAGCUCACAGCAGGAUCUAAAUUGAGAGAAAUGGAGUCAAAUUGGGUAUCCCUGGUAAGUAAGAACUAUGAGAUUGAGCGGACUAUCGUACAGCUGGAGAACGAGAUCUAUCAAAUCAAGCAGCAGCAUGGGGAGGCAAACAAGGAGAACAUCCGCCAAGACUUCUAACCUUGGGCGAAAGGGAGAAGAGGCCCCUGCAAACCUGAGGCCUGUGGACUUGCUCAAAGCCACUGUCGUGCUUAGGUGUUUAGAGCCUGGGUUGUGUGUGCUGUUGUGUUGCUUCAUAUGUGUAUGUCUUAGCAAAAUAAAGGUUUGCCACACGUUGCUAUUUUUUUAGCUAUAAAAAUCUGAGUUUUCAAAGUGAGCAUGACUUUAGAAUGAUCUUGUCCUAUUUUAUAGCAGAAAUCCUUCUUUUAAGGCUUCAGAUUUUGUAACGAAGCUUUAUUUAAGGCUUCCAAAGUGCUCGGGAAACUGGGCACUUUGAGUGUGUGUUUUUGUUGAAUAAAGUACCGUUGUAAGCAUUUUUGUGGGUGGGUAC